GUUACCACCACAGCCACUCGCAGACAUGGCUAGCUGGUAGCUUGUCACCGCUGAAGAUCGCUUGACUCCGCAGCCUGGCCUCCUGCCCGCGACGACCUCAACGCCGCCCAGGCACCUGUAACACUGGAGGCACCACACCUUGACCCGGGAUGUGCUCCGUCGUCGGGUGCGACUCGUCGCGUCGCCGUGCGCAGCGGUUCAAGUUACCGGAGGACCCCGAGAGGAGGCUGGAGUGGGUCCAGUUUCUUUUCGAAGUCAACGGACAACGACUCAAAGAGUCGUCCUGGACCGAUAUCACCAUCUGUACUGAACACUUUACAGAUGACUGUUUUGAAAACCUGGCUCCGACUGGCACGGUCCAGCUGAAGCCCAGGGCUGUCCCAUCACUGUGUGUCAAGUCAGAGCCAGACGAGCCCCCGGAGAGCCCGCAAUCUGUGGACCCUAUGGAAACCACAGAAGUCGCGUGUCAGUGUCAUGACCUUGAAACGUGUAACAGUCCAACUUCCUGCUCUGAAAGGUCAAAACACUCUACAACAGAAGCGGUCAGCGCUGGAUAUGGCCAAAUUGAACGAAAAGUUAUGAAUACUGAUUUGAACAAAGAAAAAGCCGCACUUCUACAGAUGGAGGGAAAGUACGUUGUGAAUGAAAGCUGCCUGCUCCAGUUGUUUUGCCGCAAAUGCCCGUCAUGCGGCUGCAGACUUCAGAUGGAGAAGGUCACCUGUGGGGUCUUGAUCAUCUUGAACCAACAGUGCUUUCAGUGUGAGUACAGAAGCCAGUGGAAAAGCCAGGUCAAUGCCAGUGUCCCGACAGCUGAAGAAGUAACUCCAGAGACCCAAAAGGCAAUGCCAACAGAUGACAACCGCAGCAGUGCAGUUUUCUCGGAGAUUGUUACUUUUAGUGAUGAAGAAAGCGAGCCCUCAGACGAAGGAGAGGAAGGCGAUGAAGGUGGGGUGAGUUCAGAUGGGGAGUGGAAUCCGACGGAGGAUUUCUUGCUGGCUGAGGAGCUCACAAAGGAAUCUGAGGAGGAAACCGAAGAUGAAGGCGAAGAGGAAGAAGAUUUUGAUUGCCCGGGCGGCCUCAAAAUUAACGAGCUCUGCACAGAGUGCGGGAGUUUUUUCAAUAUUCUGAAGCCUCAUACGUGUGAGCACAAAAUGAAGCCCUAUUCCUGCAAUAUUUGUGGCAAAAGAUGUGUUACUGAGAUGUCUCUAAAAACUCACAGCAAAAUCCACGACGAAACUUAUGAACAUCCUUGCAAAUACUGCCAUGUUACAUUCAAAACAAGGGUGGACAAACUUAAGCAUGAGCAGAUACACCAAGAUAGUAAAGAUCCUUAUAAAUGUCCUGACUGUCCAGAGACAUUUGCCACCAGUAAAGAGCGCAGCGUCCACCUGUCAAACCACAGAGUGCCAAAGGAGUUCAAAUGUGGAGUUUGCGGGAUUGAAUUUAAGGAUGUACAUCAUCUCCGGAGACACUCUGUUGUGCACACAGGAUUGAAGCCGUAUAAGUGUUCGGUGUGCCAGCGCGGCUUCAACCAGACAAGCCAUCUCAAAUCUCACAUGCGCCUGCACACAGGGGAGAGGCCUUAUAAGUGUCAGCACUGUGACAAACGCUUCAAUCACAACGUGAGCUUGAAGAGCCACGUCCAGCGCUACCACACAUCGAGCUCCGGGCGUGAACGGAAGAAGGGUAAGAUCUAUGAAAGGACGAGUGACACUGGUGAUGCUGAGGACGACGAGAAUAAGAGAAGCACAGACUCGGAGUCUGACCAUGUAGAAAAAGAACAAGACACAGAAGAGGAGGUAGAGAAGGAGAGAAGAGCUUUGCCAAAAAGUAGAAAGAGGAGCACAGGUAGACCCAGAGGAAGGCCUAAGAGAAAUGAAGCGGGCAACCUUGUUCUGUCAGGGCAAAACGAAAACACUAAGACUUCAGAAUCGAAGGUGCAGAAGUUAAAGAAAACAGGUUCCAGCGAUGAAGAAAGUGAGGGCGAGCAAUCAGACAGCCACAUGUCUGUUGACCCAGAAGAAGAGGAGGAAGAAGAAGAAGAAGAGAAGCAGACAGCGAGAAGGAGUUCAGGGAGAUCAAGAAGAAGACCAAAAAAUGACAGUGACUCUGAUUUUGACCCAGAAGACUCAAAGAAAAAGAGGAAUCCAUCAGUUUCACUUCACACCAGUAUGUUACCACAAUCAACCUGCAGAGACUCGACACUAGUUGUGGAUGCAGCAGGUUAUCCAUCACGGUGAAGUAAAGUAGGGCAUUUUGCUGUUAUGGUCUGGAAAUAAUACAUUCAUGAAGAGGGACUGUUUUGCAACUUGCCCUCUUGGGCAGUUCAAGGACAUUCCGACAUUUGAGAGUUCAGGUUGUGCUGUUGAACAGCAACAUUUUAACGGAGCAAAUGACCAAACCCACAGCGUGCUUUUAUGAUGUCAUUGCUAUAUCGUCUUGUUUUCCCCGACAACCGGGGUCACUGAUGCUUUGCUCUUUUGACAGAUCAGAUUUCCAACCUCAGAGGUUCCCUCAAUGCACCACUGUGGAGGGCUUUCCAACAAUCCCUGCUUGCAACCCUAUUAUAACAAAAGUAAAUAAGAAAAUAAAAUACGGGUUUAUAGAGAAAGAAAUUAAUAAAUAAAUAAUAAUAAAAUAUUGCCAUACUAUACAGAAACUAACCAGAAAAUAGGUGCAAGUAAUGCUGAAUAUAUGCAGCUUGUAGAUAAGAAAACAUAC